AUGACUAAUGUCUUCGAUCCAUCCUCUUUCUCGUCUUCGUGCCCCAUUGACCGUAUCAUUACCUCAACCACACAAGCAUCUGGAUUUACUAGCUCUUUGUUGCGUGCUGAUGAAAUCGCUUGGGCUAUUAUACAACGACAACGCGAAUUACGUUCUGUAUGCGCCACGAACCAUAGUACAUUGCGUAGGUUAGUACAAGCUGCCAAGCGAGACAUGCAGCGUCAGGAGAUUCAGCGCCGUCUCGCUGUGGCUGAUGCUGACGUUAUUGAGGCCUACAACAAACUUGAAAAUUAUCGGGCUCAACGAAAGACUCCAUUGAAGCGUGAUAGAGAUGCUGCUUGGAAAACACUGAAAGAACGCAAAAAAAUUCUGAAGGAGCUCGAGGUUUUUGAUACGAAGUCACCGUAA